AUGCGAUUGCAUCUAACUCCACCUUCGAAUGGACAAAUAAAAGGGCCCUAUUAUCCGAAGAUCGAUAUCCGAACGGCAUCCGAUCGGAGUUACGAGCGUGCGAUAUCCAAACCAUCGGCCGCCGUAUUUCGCGUCGACAUCGCGCUCUCAGAAUACCGGCCCGGCAUAGCGGUAUCGUUCAUCUGCGGCGUUUUCGUGGCGGCGCGGGCGUCGCGGAAUCCCGAAAUGCCGGUGCCAAAAGGGUCCAGGUUGCCC